AUGAAGCCGCACUGGAUUGAUGUUCUGUUCCCGAGCACCCGCACCGACAGCUGUCACCCGGAAAUAAAAAGAUUAGAACGCGACCUCUACGAACCUGAUGGUCCACGCGAUUCGUUGAGGGCCUUGAUUUUGUUCCUGUUGUUUGCGAUGACAUUUGGAGCUUUUAUGCUGGCCCGAAUUUUUCAAGCCCCGUGGGCUCAACGAGCCGUUCUCCCAUUGGUUUCGAUGAUCGGUGGUGGCGUAUUCUUGAGCACUUGUCUACUAGAUAUUCUCCCCGACGCCAUGGAAUCGUUAGAAAAGGCCGAAAUCGACAUGGAAUUUCCGCUAGCAGAGGCUUGUCUCGGUCUCGGUUUUGUGAUCGUGCUGACCAUUGAGCAGGUGGCCAUCCAUUUGCAAGAAAUCGGGGUGAUUGGCGGCUCGCAUGUGCAAAUACAUGAUCACGACCAUGGAGAGUCGCACGCGUCACACGAACAUUCAGCAAUCCAAGAAGCUCCCGACAGCAGUGCGGCUCUCUCGGCCAUCAUAAUGGUGGUCGCCAUCUCGGUGCACGCUCUCUUUGAAGGUGUUUCUCUGGCGAUUAUUGACGAGCCAGCAAAACUACUACAGAUUUUCCUAGCCCUCGCGAUCCACAAAACGAUCAUCGGCUUCACGCUGGGUAUCCGUUUGUGGCAAAGCGGGCUUCGGCAACUUGUUAUCGUGAUUUGCGGCUUGAUCCUGGCGAUACAGGUGAUGAUCGGCGGCCUGGCCGGAAUCUCGCUGAUGCAUUUCCUGUCCGGUGGCUCGAGAGCGACGGCGGCGCUCGUGACGACGGUUCUUCAGGGCUUCUCCUGCGGCACCUUUUUGUAUAUUACGACUUGUGAGAUCCUCCCCCAUGAACUCGGAAAGCCGGGCCUCCGAUUGGCGAAACUCGGCGCAAUGUGCUUUGGAUGUCUGAUCGUUCUCGCAUUUACUCUAGCUUUCCCCGAUACU